AUGAACCUAUGUGGUGGCAGCUGGACCAAAGCCAAGCGCACGCAGGACAUCGUAGAUCCCUUGAACGGAGAAGUCUUCCUGAAGGUGCCCAACACGGCCAUGGAUGAGAUAGAGCCCUACAUCCAGCGGAUGGCGGCUGUCCCCCGCUCUGGCCUCCACAAUCCCUUCAAGAACCCGGAGAGGUACGUCAUGCUGGGGGAGGUCUGCGGCGCAGCUGCGCGGGAGAUGUUCAAGCCAGAGGUUGACGACUUCUUUAUCCGACUGAUCCAGCGCGUCGCCCCUAAGAGCUAUGCCCAAGCAGGAGGUGAAAUCAAGGCAGUCAGGACCUGGCUCCAAGACUUCAGCGGCAACAACGUCCGCAUGCUGGCGGAGUCACAAGGCUUGCCUGGGGAUCAUGUCGGACAGUCUACGGUGGGCUACCGCAUGCCGUUCGGUGGCGUCAGUGUCAUUACUCCUUUCAACUUCCCGCUUGAGAUCUGUGGCAUCCAGUCUCUUUCUGCUGUUUUCAUGGGCAACCAGUGCACGACGAAAGUCGACUGGAAAGUUGCCAUCGUCAUGGAGCAGUUUCUUCGGAUGCUGCAUUCUGUUGGGCUUCCCAAGUCUGAUAUCGAUUUCAUCUACUGCGACGGGCCUGUCUUCAAUGAAGUCCUUCUUCGUGGAGAUGCCAAGAUGACACUCUUCACCGGAUCCCAGCGGGUAGCUGACAAGCUGGCUGUGGAUCUCAAGGGCAAGGUCAAGUUGGAAGACGCGGGUUUCGACUGGAAGAUUCUGGGCCCCGAUGUGAUGGAUGUGGACUACGUGGCAUGGCAAGCGGAUCACGAUGCCUACGGCUUUGCGGGUCAGAAAUGCUCAGCUCAGUCCAUGCUCUUUAUGCAUGAGAACUGGACGAAGCCAGAUGUUGACAUCGUCGGUCGCUUAGCGCGGCUCGCCGGCCAGCGAAGCUUGAAGGAGCUGACGAACUGCCCGGUAUUGACCUGGCCCACAGAGAAGUUCUUGGCCCACAUGGACCGCGUAUUGGCCAUUCCGGGAGCGUCGCUGGCCUUCGGCGGCAAGGAGCUCGCCGACCACACCGUCCCACCACAGUACGGCGCAGUUGAACCGACAGCUGUUCGGAUCCCGAUCGAGGCCUUGGAGGAUCCCCCCAGCUUCGAAGUGGCAACGGUGGAGCUUUUCGGCCCUUUCCAGGUCUUGGUGGACUACAAGGAGGGUCAACAGUCCAAGGUCAUUGAGGCCAUCAAUCGCAUGCCCAAUCACCUUACUGCUGGGAUAGUCUCCAACAACCCUCGCUUCAUCAACGAG